AAGUUUGUGAGCUCCGAGAGUGACCCGAGGAAUAUCUCGGCAUGCAUUUACCUAGCCAGGCUAGAACUAAAACUAGCUAGUUGGUGAAGAAAACUUUUUGGAUUACCAACACAACUUUAAAGUCGUUGCACAUUCGCUUUCGGAUAUAAUUGUAUUACAGUGGUUUUGUAUCGACCGUGCAUGGUCUCUAACAACAGGAAUACAUGCAUCAACCUUGGACCCUUGUCUCUUACAAUCUCAGACAGAUGGGCAUUAUUUGAUAAGAAAAUACAUCAAAAUUCUUUCAAGUAUUAACACCAUCUCAAAGGACUGUAAAAUAUGCCAUUGCCUUUUGGCUUAAAACUAAAAAGAACGCGAAGAUACACCGUCUCCAGCAAGAGCUGCCUUGUCACACGCAUUCAGCUGUUAAAUGGCGAAUUCGUCGAGUAUACACUUUCUGUGGAAGGUACCGGCCAGGAAUGUCUGGAAGCAGUUGCGCAGAGACUCGAAUUACGAGAGAUAACAUACUUUAGUCUCUGGUACUUCAACAAACAAAACCAGCAGAGAUGGAUCGACCUGGAGAAGCCUUUGAAGAAACAGCUAGACAAGUAUGGCUUGGAGCCCACGGUUUACUUUGGGGUGGUGUUCUACGUGCCGACUGUUUCCCAGCUUCAGCAGGAAAUCACACGUUACCAGUAUUAUCUGCAGCUGAAGAAGGAUAUUUUGGAGGGAAGGAUUCCCUGCUCCAUCGAACAGGCUAUCCGGUUGGCUGGACUAGCCGUGCAAGCUGAUUUUGGAGAUUAUAACCGCUAUGAGUCCCAGGAAUUUCUCCAGAAGUUUGUUCUAUUCCCCAUUGGAUGGAUUCAGGAUGAGCGAGUACUGGAGGAGGCCACUCAGAAAGUUGCCAUGCUCUAUCAAAACUAUCGAGGGUUACCAGCCCCGGAAGCAGAGCUGUUGUACAUGCAGGAGGUGGAGAAGAUGGAAGGGUAUGGCCAGGAGACCUAUCAAGCUAAGGACAACCAAGGCACGGACAUAUUCAUUGUGUCGUGUCUCGAUGCGAUCAUUGUCAAACAUAAGAAUGGCAAGCCGCCUCUCAUUUUCAGGUGGAAUGACAUCAACAACAUGACUCACAACAAGUCGUUCUUUGCAUUGGAGCUAGCCAAUAAGGAGGACACAAUUCAGUUCCAGACUGAGGAUAUGGAGACCUCCAAGUAUGUCUGCAGAAUGUGCCUGGCACGACACAAGUUUUACAAAAUUAACAAGAGCAGCCUAGAGGAGGGGGACUCCACGCCUCCCGAGGGCUGGCAGAAGUCCAUUCUCACUCUCUCCUUUCCUCGCUUUCCAAUGCUCUCUCGUCCCUCUCUGCCUUCUAAUAAGGGCCAAACACAGCCUACCACUGUGAAUCCAGUGCGACGGCGAUCUUCCACAAGAAUGUCUCUGCCAAAGCAGCCCUACAUGAUGGCGCCCCCACAAUUGCACUACAAUGGCCAUUACACUGAGCCUUACACAUCCUCCCAAGACAACCUUUACAUGAACAACCAGAAUGGCUACUACUAUCACUCCCAGACCAGUCUGGACCGCUCCCCACACGAGUACAACGGGCGCCUGCGCAACGGCAGCGUGUACAGUGCCCACAGCACCAGCUCGCUCAACAACCCGCAGCACUACCUGCAGCCCUCGCCCAUGUCCUCCAACCCCAGCAUCACGGGCAGUGAUGUCAUGCGGCCCGACUACGUGCCCUCGCACCGCCACAGCGCCCUGCUGCCGCCGUCCUACCGUGCCACGCCCGACUACGAGACGGUCAUGCGGCAGAAGGGCCAGCCGGGCGGCGGCGGCGGCCCGCGCCACAUGGGCCACGGCGUGGAGCGCCAGAGCCACUCCAUGCGCAACCUGAACAUCGGCAGCUCGUACGCCUACAGCCGGCCCGACCCGCUGGUGUACAGCCAGCCGGAGAUCCGCGAGCACGUGCCCGGGGGCCAGUACCCGUUCCACCUCAACUACAGCUUCCACAGCCCGUCGCACCCGUACCCGUACCCGGGCGAGCGCCGGCCCGUGGUGGGCGCCGUCAGCGUGCCCGAGCUGACUAACGUGCAGCUGCAGCAGGCGCAGCAGGAGUACCAGGCGCCCAACAUCAUGCGCACGCAGGUGUACCGGCCCCCGCCGCCCUACCCGUACGCACACCCGCGGCCGGCCAACAGCACGCCGGACCUGUCGCGCCACCUGUACGUCAGCAGCAGCAACCCGGACCUGAUCACGCGGCGCGUGCACCACUCGGUGCAGACCUUCCAGGAGGACAGCCUGCCGGUGGCGCACUCGCUGCAGGAGGUGAGCGAGCCGCUGGUGUUGCCGCCGCGCAUGCACCCGCGCAUGCAGAAGCGCAACUCCAUCGAGAUCGCCGGCCUGGCCUACGGCCUGGAGGGCAUGCGCAUCAAGGAGCGCACCGUGUCCGCCUCGGCCGCCGACAUCCCCAUGCCGCAACAGGUGCAGGUGCCCGCUCCGAACCCAGCCUCCUCGGCCUCCGAGCUCAACGCCCUCCUGGAGAGGACGGUCAAGGACGAGGAGGAGGCCGGGAGCAAGGAGGACGUGCGUUACGGCCACAAGAAGUCCCUGUCAGACGCCACCAUGCUGGUGCACAGCAGCAGCGGCGAGGAAGAGGAGUUUGAUGACGAGGGCGGCCGGCACACGCCCCGCUCCCAGGAUGCCGUGGUGGGUGUGGGAGUGCCGGUGCAGGUGGAGCAACACCUGGCGGCCCUGGGUGUGGGACAAACGCCGCGGGAACCCCCUCCCGCCUACCCCUUCCCCACUGCCCUCGACCAGAUCCUGUCUGGCCCGAUGAACUACCAGCCCCACCCUCCCAUUCACGAGGCUGAAGCCGAGCCGCUGUACCAGCCCAUGGAUCGUGUCACCAUGCGGGACCCCACCGCCAUGAUCCCCUCCAUGUCUGAUGGAGACCUCAGCGGCCCUGGCAAAGGCAAAGCCAAACGUGACGUCCCCAAAAAGCGCCCCGUGUCGGACGUGCCCGCCGGGAGGAGACUGAUCGAGGGCCUGCCGCCUGCGGGCAUGAAGAGGGGCUCGCGAACAGAUCCAAAGAAGAUGGGCCAGCUGAAACUGGGCACGCUCAAUGGCCUGGCGCACACCCGCUUCGCCACACAAGACGAAGCCAAGGACGAGCCGGAGAGGGCAUCUAAUGACGAGAGGUGCAAGCUCCUGGAGCAGCGUCUGGAGCAGGGCAACCUGUUCGCCGAGUACGAUCAGGUGCCCAAGCGCCGGCCAGCUGUCGACUGUACCUUCGCGCUGCUGCCCGAGAAUGGCGAGCGCAAUCGCUUCCAGGACGUGCUGCCUUACGACGACACGCGCGUGGAGCUGGUGCCCACCAAGGAAAACAACACCGGCUACAUCAACGCCUCGCACAUCAGGGUGACGGUGGGAGGAGAUGAGUGGAGCUACAUUGCCUCCCAGGGUCCCCUCAACAACACAUGCCAGGACUUCUGGCAGAUGGUAUGGGAGGCGGGUGUGGCCAUCAUCGCCAUGGUGACUGCUGAGGAGGAGGGCGGCCGUGAGAAGAGCUUCCGCUACUGGCCGCGGCUGGGCUCGCGCCACAACACGGUCACCUACGGCCGUUUCAAGAUCACCACGCGUUUCCGCACCGACUCUGGCUGCUACGCCACCACAGGCCUGAAGAUCAAGCACCUGCUGACGGGCCAGGAGCGCACCGUCUGGCACCUGCAGUACACCGACUGGCCCGACCACGGCUGUCCCGAGGACUUCAAGGGCUUCCUUUCAUACCUGGAGGAGAUCCAGUCCGUGAGACGGCACACCAACAGCACCAGCGAUCCAAAGAACACAAACCUGCCGGUCCUGGUGCACUGCAGCGCGGGGGUUGGCCGCACAGGCGUGGUCAUCCUGUCUGAGAUCAUGAUCGCCUGUCUGGAACAUAACGAGAUGCUGGACGUCCCGACGGUUCUGAACAUGCUCCGCCAGCAGCGCAUGAUGAUGGUGCAGACCGCCUCGCAGUACACGUUCAUCUACAAGGUGCUCAUCCAGUUCCUCCGAAACUCCAGACUCAUUUGAAGCACCGCUGUCACCUAGGGGACGUGCGUCUUGGGACAGUUCCUUGUCCGAAAUGACUCGGCCCUCCGAGAUACCAUCCUCCAGCCUGACGAGACACCUUCCUGCAGCCUGACGAGACACCUCCCAGUGCUUGGUCCAGCUCGGCUGCAGAAGUGCAGCCUGGAGCUCCAUGCGAGCAUUGGACUGUGGAGAAUGGGGGAGCCACUUCCACAGCUGGCUCUCCCUGUCAGUAUUAAAGGAAAAGGUGGGACUUGGAUGUGAAGUGGGUAGACACAGUGUGUUUUUAUUUUAUUUUAAAUAUCAGUAUUAAGAGAUUUCACUAUGGGCGUUUUACACUAUACCAUUACAGCUGCAAAACACCCAAGCACUUUUACACUUUUGCUGUAAAUAUCAAACAAUGCUGAAGCUGCAGUUCUUAAAAAAAUCUAUAUUUGGAUAAAUAUAUUAACACUAUUUACUGCAGGACUUUUUUAAAUGUUGUUUCUCUCGGAUCAUGGUUGAUGCUUGAUAUUGGAGGAGAUUGAAGAACUGUUU